GCCGGGGCGGGCCGGCCCGCUAAGCGCCCCGCCAUGGACCUGCGCCUGGCCGUGUUCAACGCGGCGCGCGAGGGGAAGCUGAAGCUGCUGCAGAAGCUGCUGGGCGGCCGCAGCCGGGAGGAGCGGCAGCGGCUGGCGGCGGGGCCCGGCGGCGCGGAGGGCCCGCCGCUGCUGAUCGCCGCCCGCCACGGGCACCGCGAGGUGGUGGAGUACCUGCUGGACCACUGCGGCGCGCGCGUGGGCGCGGGCGGGCCGGUGCGCUUCGACGGCGAGACCAUCGAGGGCGCGCCGCCGCUGUGGGCCGCCGCGGCCGCCGGGCACCUGCCGGUGGUGCGCAGCCUGCUGGAGCGCGGCGCCUGCGUGAACCAGACCACGCUGACCAACUCCACGCCGCUGCGCGCCGCCUGCUUCGACGGGCACCUGGCGGUGGUGCGCUACCUCGUGGGCGAGCGCGGCGCCGACCUGGAGGUGGCCAACCGGCACGGGCACACCUGCCUGAUGAUCUCCUGCUACAAGGGCCACGCCGAGAUCGCGCGCUACCUGCUGGAGCGCGGCGCCGACGUCAACCGCCGCAGCCUCAAGGGCAACACGGCCCUGCACGACUGCGCCGAGUCCGGCAGCCUGGAGAUCCUGCGCCUGCUGCUGGGCUGCCGGGCCCGCAUGGAGCGCGACGGCUACGGCAUGACCCCGCUCCUGGCCGCCAGCGUCACCGGCCACGCCAACAUCGUGGAGUUCCUCAUCCGGGGGGCGCUGGAGGGGGAGCGGCCCUGCAGCCCGGACACCGAGGAGGGGGAGGGGGAGGAAGAGCCUGGCAGGCCUCGGGUCCACUGCACCCAGGAGGCCGCGGUGGAGGCGCUGGAGCUGCUGGGCGCCACCUUGGUGGACAAGAAGCACGACCUGCUGGGCGCCCUCAAGCACUGGCGCCGGGCGAUGGAGCUGCGGCACCAGGGGGGCCAGUCCCUCUCCAAGCCGGAGCCUCGGCAGCCCGUGCUGGCCUACGACUACUCCCGGGAGGUGAGCACGAUGGAGGAACUGGAAUCGCUGGUCACCGAUCCGGACGAGAUGCGGAUGCAGGCCUUGCUGAUCCGGGAGCGUAUUCUCGGCCCGUCUCACCCAGACACUUCGUAUUAUAUCCGCUACCGGGGGGCCGUCUACGCCGACUCGGGCAACUUUGAGCGGUGCGUUAACCUGUGGAAGUACGCCUUGGAAAUGCAGCAGGGCAACCUGGAGCCCUUAAGCCCCAUGACGGCCAGCAGCUUCCUCUCCUUUGCCGAGCUCUUCUCGUACGUGCUUCAGGACCGCUCGAAGGGCACCUUAGGGACCCAGCUGGGUUUCUCUGACCUCAUGGGUGUUCUGAGCAAAGGGGUCCGAGAGGUCGAGAGGGCCCUGCUGCACCGGAAGGACCCGGUGGCGGACGCUUCCCAGUUCACCAAGGCCCUGGCCAUCAUCCUCCACUUGGUCUUUCUGCUGGAAAAAGUGGAAUGCGCGCCCGAGCAGGAGCACCAGAAGCGCCAGACCAUCUACCGCUUGCUGAAAUGCAGUCCCCGGGGCAAGAAUGGCUUCACCCCUUUGCACAUGGCGGUGGACAAGGACACCACCACCGUUGGCCGCUACCCGGUGGGGAAGUUCCCCUCCCUCCACGUGGUGAACCUCCUGCUGGAGUGCGGGGCCGACCCUGACAGCCGGGAUUACGACAACAACACCCCACUGCAUGUGGCUGCCCGGAACAAUUGCCCCCUCAUCAUGAGCGCCCUCAUGGAGGCCGGAGCUCACAUGGACGCUACCAACGCCUUCAAGCAGACGGCCUACGAGCUCCUUGAUGAGAAGCAGCUAACCAAGGCCAUGAUGCAGCCUUUUAAUUACAUCACCCUACAGUGCCUUGCUGCCCGAGCGCUGGAUAAACACAAGAUCCCUUACAAGGGCUUCAUCCCCGAAGAGCUGGAAGCCUUCAUUGAACUUCAUUAGCCCAGAAGGACUGCACUCCCUCCCAAUCUCUUCCUAGGCCUCCAUGGGCAAGGAGAGGACUUGUGGUCUUCCUGGGGUCUGGAUUUUAAAAGCUUUUGUUUGCACUCGGCCAGCUUCUGCAGUCUCUCUAUCUCCCGUGUCCAGCCCAUGACGUGGAGAAGGCAUCUUUGCCCAAUCCACGAGUGGCCUCUCACCAUCCGGGGUGCUUGGGUAGAUCACUGGCCCUACCCCUUCACGGGCCCGUUCCUAACAUGUCUCUGAGAGUCCCCUCAAAUAUUUCUGCCUGGCCUCCCGGACAAGGCCCAGGAGCUGAAUUUGGCCCCCUUCUCAUUUUGUAUAAUCCACUCCCCUUUGGGGAUGCUGCAGAAGCAAAAAAAGUUAGCCGGAUUCAGCUUGCUGGCGCCUUGCCAGGGCGCCCGGAGAAAACCUCUAGGGCUGACCUAUUGCUCACACCUCCUCGGAUCUGUCAUCGGGCUGCCCCGUCUUGUUUAUGUCAAUAGUGAGAAGUGGGAGGGGAGGAAAGAUGGGGGGGCUGGGAGAUCCGAUUGUGACUGGUCCCAGUGGCAGCAUGCAAGAUAGGUGAGCAUUUUGCAUGAUCUGCUUUCAGCUUGCCAGUUUGAUACGCUCUGAAGUUAUGUUUGCACCCUUCCUUCCUAGUCGAAGAUGUAAGAAUGGAUAAGGCAACCCCUCCAAGUCUUAAAGUUGCUCUUUUCUCAGCUGAGCCUCAUAACUGGGGGAGAACAGACGUCUUCAUGCUCAGCAGCAGGUUAUUUAGUUGCUGCUUGGCCCAGUUGACCAAGUUGCGUGCAGUGAGGUUUGAUUUUUUUUUUUUUUUUCAUUUUCUGGGUUUCAUUUCUUGCCUCGAAUGGUCGCUUAACUUCAGCUAAGAUUUUGCUGACUGUUUUCAAAGCUGGUAGUGAUCAUUUGGUUUUUAUUUGGCUGGUGGUGCUUCUUUUCAGUG